CCCUCUCUUUAAUUUAAAUACAGCCCCCACUCCUCUGACUUUUCUUCUUCUCUUCACCCGACUCUACUUUUUUGACUUCCACUUGUCUCAUUAUCUCACGGAAGCCAUCUUCUCAUCAAAAACUCAUCCCUAACGUCACUCACACUUUAAAACGCAAACACAAACAUGUCUGGACGCGGCAAAGGAGGAAAGGGUCUUGGAAAGGGUGGUGCCAAGCGCCAUCGCAAGAUUCUUCGUGAUAACAUCCAGGGUAUCACCAAGCCCGCUAUCCGUCGUCUCGCCCGUCGUGGUGGUGUCAAGCGUAUCUCCGGUCUCAUCUAUGAGGAGACCCGUUCCGUCCUCAAGGUCUUCCUCGAGAACGUCAUCCGUGAUGCUGUCACCUACACUGAGCACGCCAAGCGCAAGACCGUCACCUCGCUCGAUGUCGUCUAUGCCCUCAAGCGCCAGGGUCGCACCCUCUAUGGUUUCGGCGGAUAAAUUAUUCGCCUGGCAUGUCCACAGCAAGUCGUUUAGAGACGGCCUGUUGCUCUGCUCUGUGUCUUUUACUGUACUUCGUCAGGAAGGGCCUGGGCCGAGUCUCUUCUAGGUUCCUCAUAUUCCCUUCAAGAACUUGUUCUUUGUAUUCCUGCUCAUUGUAUAGAACCACUGCACUUUAUCUCGCCCCCAUCAAAUCUCCUUUCAUCUCUAAUCGUCCUCAUUUAGGCUCUCUUGUAAAAUAAAAUAAAAUCCAAUUGUGUUUUUUUAUAAAAAAAAA